AUGAGAUUCUCAGCUACAAUUUCGGCGACCCUGCUCGGAGUGGCCUCGCUCGCCAGCUCCAGCCCAGUGCUCACGACUCGGGGCCAAGUACAAAAGGCUUUCGUCUUCGCGACAUUCGAGGGCGGCGACAAGGGGAAUACAUCCCUGGACAUCUAUACGUCCGACGACGGUAUCAACUUCGAGCAGUACGCCAUGGCCGCGUACAAAUCCGCGUCUGGGGAAGUUCGUGACCCUAGCAUUAUCUGGCUCCACGACAAGUACUGGGUCACAUUCACCAAUGGCCAAAGGGACGGCUUUGGCCUCAUUUCCAGCACGGAUUUGAAGAAUUGGGACGAGGUCGCUACGGUUAGCGUAUCGAGUGCCGUCGAUGCCGAAAAGACCUGGGCACCUGAAUUCUUCCAAGACGGUACCGACACCCAUAUUAUUGUGUCCGUAUUAGAGCAGCCGAAGAGCACCAACAACGCCAACCCAAGACUCACACAGUUUACAUCCACCCACUUCGCGGCCUGGAUCAUGACGGCCACCAACGACGACCUCACGCAGUGGACCACACCGGAGCUACUGGACGUCGACAACAACAGCCAAGGCAAACAGCAGGACCACAUUGACUUCUUCGCCCUCAAGGACGGCGACACGUACCACGGCUGGCAGAAGAACGAUGCCGGCGGCGAGAAACACAUCGAGCACCUGACCAGCAGCUCUGCCAAGGGCCCCUGGAAGUACGUCCAGACCAACAAUGCCCUCGGCUUCGGACAGGCCGAAGGCCCGGCCGUCACGAAGCUCCAGAAUGGCACGUGGAUCAUGUGGCUUGACAACUUCCACGGCGACUAUUACUAUAGCUUGUCGAGUGAUCUGUCGACGUGGUCCGGCAAGACGGAGAUGCCGAGCUGGAACAAAAUAUUCAGGCACGGUACCGUUAUCGCGCAGUAG